GCCCUUAGCUCUGUUAAGACUUACGUACGCAUUGGACACGGAAGCACCUCGGAACUCUGGAUUUGGCACACCUUACGCUCACUGAUGUUCGGCGGCGGUGGUGGUCAAGAGAAAUUACAGAAUGCUCUUUUCCAAUUACGUUAUUCUUCAAAACAAUUCUCACGUCUUUCAGCAAAAAGUGAGAAGGAAUCAGCCCAACAAGUGUCGAGAGUUAAAAAGGCAUUACUUGAUAAGAAUAACGACGUUGCUAAAGUUUAUGCAGAAAACGCCAUAAGAAAACAUAAUGAAUCCGUUAAUUAUCUGCGGUUAGCAUCCCGAUUGGAUGCUGUUCAAAGCCGAAUACAGAGCGCGAUACAGAUGAAUCAGGCGGUAAAGAAUAUUGGAAGUGUUUCAAAGGAAUUGGAGAAGGCAAUGAAAUCGAUGAAUCUCGAACAAAUAGAAAAGAUAAUGGGCAAAUUCGAAUCCCAGUUUGAAGAUCUUGAUGUGCGUUCCUUCACUAUGGAAAAUUCCAUGGGUAACGCUGUCACAUUGUCUGCACCAGAGGAUCAAGUAAACAGUCUACUUCAGAAAGUUGCUGCGGAGAGCGGCUUGGAGAUAGAUACUGCGCUCAGGGGAGUCGACGUCCCCUCUGGUAGCCUCGCUACCGAGCAAAGUAAAAGCGUUGAUGAGGAUGCCCUGACCCAACGAUUGGCGGCUUUACGUGAAUAGACGUGCUCCGUCCGAUAUCUCAUCAAUUCUCGGUGCGCCGUUUAUCUGGCUUUCAACGCGCUCGACUUGUAUUAACGUGACGAAGAGGCUUAGGCAUGAAUUUUUUCCUUGCGCCCUUUGAACGUGAAGAUCUGUGUCUGUCAGCUAACAUCCCCUCCCCACGUACUAUUUCUGGAAACAGAUGUCCGCUAUUUCACAUGAAUCACUGGUCUUAAUACGUUUUUAUUUGUUUUUAUACUUGGCAAUUUGUCCUAUAUCAACUUCACAGAUGUCUUUUCUUCUUUGAGGUUUUUUUCCCAUUUGUCGGAAAAUUGCACUCGCGUGUCUCCGCCGCUCAGCUUUGGCAUUUUGUCCGAUCAGUAUGUGUAUGUCCGGUCGUACAUUUGUUGGUGCUCACCCACUCUGCAUGUUAAAUGCUAUGUAGUUCCCAUCGCUUUUUCACAAUCAACGCGUCACUCGGUGUGUGACGCUUACCUUCCAAAAUUGUUAACUACCCCACCGUAUAGGAUUUUAAAGUUUCCCCAUGGUACCCGUUCAAUGUUUUUAGAUGCAUAGUAAUGCUUCCUCAUUCGAGUAUUUGCUUAAGCUCAAUCGCUUACCUUGGCUAGGUCAUAUUCUCCGAUGGCCGGCAUGAAGAAACUGACCAGAAGAUUUGGUCAGGCUUGUGCGUCCCACUACAGUGGUUGGAGACUGUUUCGGAACUGGCGCAGUCAGUGUCGUUCCUACCUUCGGUUUCUCACAUCUGACUGUUAAUAUUCAUACCAUCACGAUUGGUUUUUGCGCUCUUCUGUCCUUAUUCUAUCUUUUU